AUGGGCAAGGUGAGAAGAAACCGUAAAAUCAGAACCUGUGAGUACUGCUAUAAUCACAAGCUCAAGUGUGAUCGAGAAAACCCAUGCAGCACCUGUAUCCGCAGAAAGCAAGAUUGCAUCUACCAUUUCAAAGAAAAGAAUGACAAUAGCAGAAGUGAACAAAACGAUAUGAAAGAUUCAGACAGUGGUAUCAACGAUGACUUUAUGUUUUCCGAAAAAGGAAGCGGAACAUUAAAGGACGGAGAAGAAGAAGACUUUAAACUUAGAUCCAAUGUGCAAUUUACGUCCACCAACGAUAAAUCAUCGUUGUAUUACUCUAGGGCGUUUCUUCCCUAUCUGGAGCCAAGUCUAAAUAGGAUAUGUCUGUUUAAAAUGAGCGAAAUGGGAGAGUCGGGCUACACAAAGAACGACUUUUCACAUGUUGGCACUUAUGAUUUCCAAAAAUUUGGGCUCCAGUUAUCCUUCAAAACGUUGGCACAACAGUAUCCUUUAAAGGAAGAAUUUGAUGAAAUAGUAGAUAUAUACUGGAGAAACAUUCAUCCAAUUAUUCCUGUCAUUGAUAAAGAGACGACAAUGGCGAAAUAUCACGAAUUUUGGAAUCUAUUCAAUGACAAAGAGAAGCAGGUCUUCGACAUCGAUUCUGGUGUGUUGUUCAUUGCCAUGAUGUUGGCAGUUCUAACGUCCUUAGAAGUCGUUGAAAAGGAUGCCGAGAGAUUAAGGAACAUCAAGGAGAGGAAAAAUAGAGCAUUUGAAACUUUUGAGAAAUUCAGACUAAUCUUUGGUCUCAGUACAAACCCAAAUUUGGUGUAUAUUCAAUCUUCGAUUAUUAUCCUUCAGAGCAGUUGUAUGUAUUAUUUGGGCAUUUUCACAUUUACGGCUGUAAUUGCAAGACAGGCAGAGUAUAUGGGGUUACAUAGAGACCCAAUCUUACAUGAUAUAAUUCCUAACAAAAAAAGCGUACGUCAAAGUCAAAUUAGGAGAACUGUGUGGCACUACGUUAGGUUUUUAGACACUUCUUCUUCUGUCAUUACAGGUAUGUCACCACAUAUGAUCAUGGUCAAUGGCUCUACAAACUUCCCUUCAAAAAGAGACUAUAAUCCAUCCACUAAAAGAUUUGAUGGUGAUUUAAAUCCAUUCAUGAUAUUCACAAUUUGUAGGUUUAAAAGUUCAUUAGUCAUGGAGACCAUAUUACAUUACUUAAAUUCGGAUUUCUCAAGUGACCAAGAGAAACUCUUAAGAUGGGAUAGUAUUUCUAAAACUGUUACUGCACUAUAUCAAGAUGUUUACACAUUAGUGUCAGAAAUUUUCAGUUGUGCAAAAGACAAUAGGUACUCUAAAAAGCUAUGUAGAUGGCUAGUUGCAUAUUCCGCUACUGCAGUUCAUCAGGUAUAUCUAUUUCAUAGAGCGUGUGAUCGAAGACCAUAUUCUCAUCAUAACCGAGUCAUUGUAAAACCACGAGGACCAAGUUCUUCGAACUUAUCCGAUUUCAGCCACAUAAAAUCCCUGGAAGAAUUUUAUGAACAAAUAUUAACCAUUAGAAUGCCAUACUAUGAGACCACCGUUGAGGUAAGUAUACUUUUCCUAUAUGAAAGUCGAAUCAGGGUCGACAUGUCGGACGAAUUAAGUAAAUUCAAGUGGUUCAAUAAAAAUGCAAAUCCUUUACAAUAUAUCUACUUUGUUAUACGAGAUUUGUACCAUUACCCUUCCAAAAGGUAUACUUUUGAAUCACUACCACAAGAAAUAAAACUGUUUAUAUUUGAAGAUGAACUGCUCAAAUAUGAUGGGGAUGUUAGAAUACUAGCGCUCGAUUAUGCAAUGAAUGCGCUGAAAGACUUGAAAGAAUUUUGGACUGAACUUCUAACUGACUUUAUGGAUUGUCUAAUAGAGUUGAAAAAUUUUGUUUACAACCACCUUAAAAAUUCCACCUCUGGUGCCCCUGGUAAUGAAGAUAAUUCAUCAUCCAAAGCUCAACAUUAUCCAAAUCCUUAUCCUCCAGGUCUAGAUCCAAGAGAGCCAUUUGAUUUGCAGAAGUAUCAGAAUAUCAUGGAAAUUGUUGGAUCACUCGGGGGGCAGGAAAGUCCAAUCGAGAGAAACAAUCCCAAUAAUUCUAAUGAAUUUCAACAAGCAAUUAACAGAAAUGGUAGUAUAGGCUCGAACCCGCGAGCGAUGUCUACUUUUGUCGAUCAGAAUACCACUUCCGACGCAAAUCCUUACUUUCCACAGACAUUUGGAGUACCUUCACAAACACAACCUUCUCUUUUCUCUCAGGUGAACCAACAACCGUAUGGUGCACAUGUGCAGCAUCUACAUGUUUUGCCCAUUCUACAACCCUCUCCUGUCCACCAAAGAGGACCAGCACUUGGACAUUUCAACGCUGCAAAUGGACCCAUUAGUCAGAUGUUUCCACAACCAUCUCCACUUAAUAGCUAUGCAGCCGACAACGCAUCAAUGCCUAUGAUGAAUCAUGUAUAUCAAACCAAGAAUCCUAACCACAGCACUAUGAACCAUACCAUGAACCAUAACAUGAACUAUAACAUGAACCAGACCAUGAACCAUAACAUGAACCAGACCAUGAACCAUAACAUAAACAGUGACAUGAGCAAUGCUGUGAGUCAUACCACGAGCCAAGCAACCAACAACGAUUUGAGCCACGACAUGAGCACCCCGAUGGACUUGAACAGCCAGUCAAUUACAGAUACCUACGAGUCUGUUGAAAGGAAGCCAUGA